AUGGCGUUAAUGUCCCGAACCACGUUGCAGUUAGCUGGAAUUUUGUUGUGUUUGUUGGGGUGGGUGUUAUCCUGCCUCACGACCUAUCUACCUCUUUGGAAGAGUCUCAACUUGGAACUGAAUGAGCUGGAGAUCUGGACAAUGGGACUCUGGCAAGCCUGUGUCUUCCAAGAAGAAGGUGGCAUGCAGUGCAAGGAAUUUGACUCUUUUUUGGCUUUGCCCCCUGAGCUCAAAAUUUCUCGGAUUCUGAUGUUUACUUCUGACGGAUUAGGAGUUUCAGGCCUUCUGCUCUCAGGUCUCGGACUGGACUGCCUGAAGAUUGGUGAACAACAACAGCGUUUGAAGAGGAGGUUCCUGUUCUUGGGAGGAAUCAUCUUCUGGGUAUCAGGAGUUACAGCCAUAGUCCCAGUCUCUUGGGUUGCUCACACAACGGUGCAGGAGUUUUGGGAUGAAAGCAUUCCUGACAUCGUGCCCAGGUGGGACUUUGGGGAAGCGCUCUUUGUAGGCUGGUUUGCCGGGUUCUGUCUCAUCUUAGGAGGCUCGCUCUUACUUUGUGCCGUUUGUUCCACUGACACUCAAUCAUCGUUGGUCCAUUAUACAGCGCCAGAAGUGCGAGUGCCUUGUCAACGCUUGGAAAGAGACAAUAGACCCAAAAGCUUACGCAUCUAA